UUUGUUUUGUGUUUGUUUGCCGAGCAUUUGAAGCCAGCACGUUGCGUUAGCGGUCCUUUACACGGUUGUUAUGUAAUUUCGUUUGAUGCCGGCAAACAAAAAAACAGUAACCAGAAAAGUACAUGACCAAAAGAAACGUCCUUGCGUAUCUCACGCAGACUGAUGGACGCCAGAAAUAUCCGUUUUUAUGUAUCGAACAUAAGGAAGAGAUUUCUAUGGCAGAGCUUCAAGGUGUUUUAUCCGGCAGCCUUGUGAAGCAUAUUGACCUUUGUCGCCAAAAGUCUCCGGGGGCGGUGAUUGCAAACAAUAGUCUGUCGACGUCCUGCAUUGUCCUUUUUCCAAAGUCAUUGAAGAACAACAAAGAGGCCUGGACCUACCAACACGCCUCCGUUGGUUUGUCAAUCGUCGAAAAUGAAACAUGCAACCUAAUGAGAAUGCACUCGGCAUUUAGACCAUUUCAUGAAUGA